AUGGCGGGCCCCACGGUGCGGUGUGGGAUGCUCCUGGCUCGGAGGAUAUCUAUGCCUCGCCUUUCCCUGGCAGGUAAAAGAUGCCUACUUUCCGCAACGUACAUGGACAGCCACCAGCGGGAAGCAAGAGCGAAGGAGCAAUGCCACCUGGCUGACCUCGCACCCUUAUUGGACAAAGCAUGUGAGAGGAAGUUGCCUGUUAGCUCUUUAUCAAUAUCGCGGUUUGUGGACAACAUUUCAUCCGGAGAAGAUAUAGAUUCUGCAGAGUACUAUCUUUACAAAUUUCGGCACAGUUCCAACUGCUGGUACCUGAGAGACUGGACCAUCCGCAUCUGGAUUAGACAGGGUCUGAAAUAUGGCGCACCAGACAAAGCCUUGUCCCUUGUUAAUAAGGUUCAGUAUGGAAUUUUUCCAGAUAACUUCACAUUCAACUUACUGAUGGACUCUUUCGUAAAGAAAGAAAAUCACAAAGAUGCUUUAUCUGUGGUUUUUGAGAUCAUGAUGCAAGAAGCCUUUGAAAUGCCAUCCACCCAGUUUCUCUCUCUUUAUGUUUUAUACCAUUGCCUGGCAGAGAAGACAGACCUCACAUGGGAAGAGGAAAGAAACUUUGGUGUGUCUCUGUUGCUGCCAGGCCUAAAACAAAAGAACACAGUGGGCUUGAAUUCCCAACUGUAUGUCUAG